GAAUGUAAAUACACUGUAAACGUAAGCUGUAGCUUGUUGUGCAUGGCAAAACGCCCAGCUGUUUAUUAUUAUUAUUUUGGAUAUUCUUAAAUACGGGUAUACAAAAUUUUGUUUAAUGGCCACCGCGACACAAUUUCCAUCCACAUCGAAAACAACGACAAAUGCAAAUAAUGGAUUGUUGUCAGCAACCGUGGUUUCUGGUCUUAAAAACUUGGGCACAACGCUAACAGCUGCCAUAAGUAAAACACUAAUUGCCAAUGCAUUGAAAUUGACACUCCAUCCAGAUGCAAUUAUAGCGCCAGUGCCCGAGAUAUACGCAACAAAUGCAGCCAGUGCCAAACAGAGCGAAUAUGCUGUCGUCACACUAUACGCAGUAGCCACAAAACACGGAUGGGACAGUGGGAUGCUGCGCCAACAACUGGAGUCACUUGUACUGCACGCCAGUGCCAUUGACGAACUAACACGUGUGUACGAUGACAAUCGCAAGGAUCUUGUACUGCGACAACUGCAGCUGGGCCACAAUUUCCCCCACAUUACCGACGUACAGUGGCGCAUUGUGUGCGAUGCAAAAUCAUCAACGCCUAAUUUCAGCAGCGGUGCUCCACACUUCCACAUCAAUCUAGGGCACUAUCGCCAGAGCAGCGGCGAACGCAUCACCAUUUUGGAGUUCAUGUGCAAUGCCGAAGAGUUGCAUUCGCUAAUCAAUCGCCUGAAGGACAUUGAAAGACACUGCAAUCAAGUGGCAAACACUUAACACACCACAUAGUCGAAAACCAAAAACAGUAAGCAAAAUCAGUUAUUAAAUA